CGGUUGCGAAUAACCUCCCCAGUCUCUUUUUCUAGGAGACAGAUAUUCAUUUUUGGGCAUCAGGAGGAUUCAUCAGUCAUGCCAGGAGCAAAUUUACAACCCUCGACUGAAGGAGUAUACUUGACAAAAUCUCUUAUUGUCCAAAGGAAUAUGCCAGUACCAGUGGAGAAAGAGGACCCAGAGAAGAUAUCUGAAGCUCUGGCUUCUCUACAGGUCCUACGGCUGGAUAGGGAGAGAAUUAGCUGCAUUGCCAACCUGCCAGACUUAAAACAUGUCCACAGCAUCUAUUUACAACAGAAUCAAAUAAAGAAAAUUGAAAACUUAAAUUGCUUUCCAAACUUGAAGUUUUUGUCAUUAUCUGGAAAUUACAUCAACAAAGUAGAGAACCUCCAAUCUCUCCUCAAGUUGAAGUUUCUGGAUCUUUCACAGAAUUGCAUUGAUACUUUAGACAUAGAUGAGCUGCCCCUGAACCUUGCAAUCCUUGACCUGACUGGAAAUAAAUGCAGGAAUCAAAAAGGCUAUAGGGAGCGUGUGUUGGCGGCUCUGCCCCAUCUGAUAGAACUGGACAACAAAGCCAUCUCAAAGCAGAAAAUCAUACUCCAAAACAAUGAAGAGGAAGAAAAUAGCUCAGAAGAGAGUGAUUAUGAGGACUGGCCAGAGCUCUUUCAGCCACUGAGCACAGAAAAAGACUUCUUUGUUGAUCUCCAUAAUGAAUUCAGUAGCCGCUCAGCUCAGCGGAGAGAGACAGCAAUGAGGGAACACGAAACCCGUCUGGAAGAGCUGAGGCAGCGACAGAAUCUGAGGCAGCUUGUGUUCAGCACCAGUGAAGGUGAACCCCUAAGUUUACCAGAAUCAGGAUCUUCAGUUCUAACUAAUUUAUCUCAAACUGAGAACCGUAUGGUUUUGAAUCCAUCACCACAAAGAACAGUGAUUCCAGAAGUUAAUGCAGGACUGAACAUUCCAAAGGAAAAACACGAAGGCACAACCCAGACCCAGCAGAAAAAAUCAAAAGGGAAAAUAUCUAGUGCAGCUAAAUCUGCAAACAAGAACAUAAGAAAAUGAUAUUUUGUUGAAACACUAUUUUACUUAUGUAAUUUUUUU